GCCACUGUUCCCAACUUUUAUCAACCCACCGUAUUCUGCUCAAAUACAUCUAUUCCUCCCUUCUGAAUCCUCCAGAUAACCCCCAUUAGCACCGUCGUCCAAGGCAAACCGAAGUCGUUACUUCACGAUGACUACCUUCUUGGAAACGUCGCGACCCUCAGAAGCCAUUGGCUAUUCAUUUUCGAAGGAGUCUGGAUCCAACAAACAGCAUGGCUUUUACCCAUACACCGACAACGGUGGCUCCACGUUGGGAAUAACGGGGCCAGAUUUCGCGAUCCUAGCUGGCGACACUAGAUCAGUUUCCGGAUACAAUAUCAAUACGCGGUUCGCUCCAAAGAUAUUCAAGAUUGGUGCGGAUGAGACAGGCGAAGGGGGCCAUAUCAUCCUCUCCGUUGUCGGAUUCUCGGCCGAUGGCCAGGCUUUGAAAGAGCGGCUCGAUGCGAUUGUUAAGAUGUAUGAGUACCACCAUGGAAAGCGGAUGUCCGUCAAGGCAUGCGCCCAGCGCUUAUCGACCAUCUUAUACUCGAAACGAUUCUUUCCUUACUACGUUCAUGCGAUCUUAGGUGGCCUAGAUGAAGACGGCAAAGGUGCUCUCUAUAGUUAUGAUCCUGUUGGCUCUUAUGAACGAGAGUACUGUCGGGCGGCAGGCGCUGCUGCUAGCUUGAUUAUGCCUUUCCUGGACAAUCAAGUGAACCUUAAGAACCAGUACGUUAAAAGUGCUGAACACGGUGGUGAGCUGGUUCAGAGGACACCGGAGCCUCUGUCUCGAGCUACUGCUCUGGAACUGGUUCGCGAUGCCUUUACCAGCGCUGUGGAGAGGCACAUCGAAGUUGGCGAUGGGCUGCAAACGAUGAUUAUUACGGCGGACGGAAUAGAAGAAGUGAUUACCCCGCUGAAGCAGGACUAGAGUUGAGUUAUGGCGUCAAGGUAUUGGGAUGGCUCUUAGAUUCUUUGAGAUGAUUAUCA